UGAGCCAGUGCGUGUUGGUGACAGAGACUUGGGCACUGAAGUUUGCUUAAAAGGAUUAAAACCUGAACAAUCUCAACAACACAAUUCAAGGUAAAGAUCAUCGUAAUUGACGGUGGAGGAGCCUAGAUCAAUCAGGAUGAUUACAAGCCUGAAGUGUUGGAGGAAAACGCCAAAUGCCAAAUGUUUCUGUCUUACACUCAUUAUCAUCUGUCUCCUUCAACCUACAGCUCCUACCCUGAGCAGAUCCAGGGCUCAGGCUGAGGGGAGACUGCUGGAGACAUUGUUCACUGGCUAUAAUAAACUGGCUCGCCCCGUGGCCAACAUUUCAGAGGCCGUGCAUGUUCGCUUUGGCCUGUCUAUUGCUCAGCUCAUUGAUGUGGAUGAGAAAAAUCAAAUGAUGACCACUAAUGUCUGGCUGAAACAAGAAUGGUAUGAUUACAAGCUGCGAUGGAACCCUGCUGAUUAUGAGAAUGUUACUUCCAUGAGAAUUCCAUCUCAGUUGAUAUGGAGGCCAGAUAUAGUUCUCUACAAUAAUGCAGAUGGAGAUUUCACUGUGACUCACUUGACCAAGGCCCAUUUGUUUUACGAUGGCAGGAUCACUUGGGUGCCGCCCGCUAUCUACAAAAGCUCUUGCAGCAUCGAUGUUACCUUCUUCCCCUUUGACCAGCAGAACUGCACCAUGAAGUUUGGCUCGUGGACCUACGACCGCGGCAAGAUUGACCUUGUCAGCAUGUCCAACUAUGUGGACCAGAAGGACUACUGGGAGAGCGGGGAGUGGGUGAUAGUGAGUGCCAUUUCCACCUAUAAUAUCAAGAAGUACAAGUGCUGUUCGGAGAUCUACUCAGACAUCACCUAUUCCUUCUUGAUUAAAAGACUGCCGCUGUUUUACACCAUAAAUCUCAUCAUUCCGUGUCUGCUCAUCUCCUGCUUGACCGUGCUGGUCUUCUACCUCCCCUCAGCCAGUGGUGAGAAGGUCCAGCUGUGCAUGUCUGUGCUGCUGUCCCUCACAGUCUUCCUCCUGCUCAUCACAGAGAUCAUCCCCUCCACCUCACUGGUCAUCCCGCUCAUCGGCGAGUACCUGCUCUUCAUCAUGAUCUUCGUCACGCUCUCCAUCAGCAUCACGGUCUUUGUGCUGAACGUGCACCACCGCGCCUCGCACACCCACUCGAUGCCGCCGUGGGUGCGAUGGCUCUUCCUGGAUGUGGUUCCCCACUUCCUGUUCCUACGGCGGCCAGGUAAAAAACCCGCCGACGCCCCACCAAGAAAAAGGAUGAGUAGUACCAUCUCCACACGGGAGGAGACAGAAUUGGAUCUGGCUAGUUUCCUCUCCCCCAAAGCCAGCCUCGUCCCCAGCUGCAGCUCAUCCCCCCUGGGUCCACAGCCGCGGAGGCACCUAUCCCUCCAGCCCACCUCCGGCCAGUACCUGACCCUUCUGAAGGAGUCUGGGUCUCAAGCUGGCUCGCUGGCCUCAUCACCCAUUAACCUGACACAGCAGCCAGGAGGAGAGUGGAAACCAUACGGCCGAGCCAAAAUGCGCUCUCUCAGCGUGCAAUACGGGCUGCGGGAAAGGGAUCAUGAGUCGGCCCGUGCCAGCACUCGGCUCCGCUCCAGAAGCAUCCAGUACUGCUGCAUCCAUGAGGAGGCCACAUCAGGUGACGCCGCCAAGCCUCCUCCCCUGGUCCAGGGACCCCCAUCCCUGACUAACAACAGGCCGUCAGCACGGAAGUGGAGGAUGCCAAAGUCCAAAUCAGCUCUGUCACUAAGUGUGGAAAAGGAGCCUGACCUCACCUUGUCUCCUGCCAUGAAGGUGGCAAUUGAUAGUGUGCAGUACGUUGCAGACCACCUCAGAGCGGAACAUGCAGAUUUCUCUAUACAACUGUCCAACACACUUAUCAGUGAUUAG